AUGGGGGGGAAGCCGCCCCUGGGGCACCGUGCCCUGCUCAGCAAAGGGAAGGAGGAUGAGAAGGAGAUGUUCGGCUACAGGACGCGCGGCUUCCGCAGGGCCCUGUGCGCCGCGGGGCACGUCCUGUCGUGCGGGGCCCUCCUGCUGCUCUUCCACUGGAAGCCGGAGUGGGCCGUGUGGGCCAGCUGCGAGCCGUGCGACCUGGCGGAGGCGGACGUCGUCUUGCUGCGAGCGACCGACGAGUUUCGCAGGCACAGCAGGAAGAAGGUGGCCCGGCUGGACCUGUCGCAAGUCUUGGACGGCCAGAAGCUGGACCUCGCCCCCAGCGCAGAGCGGGGCUCCGUCAUCAGCAAAGCCAUCGUGAAGCCUCAGAUGAAAGUGAGAUACAUCCAGGUGCAAAAGAUUCGCUAUGUCUGGGACCACUCAGAAAAGCAGUUCGUCAGAGUUGGGUCACUGGAAGACAGCAGCACUUGCUCUGAAAUACACCGCAGAUUCGGAGAUGGGCUGACGGAGAAGGAGAAGGAGCUCAGGAAGCUCGUGUGCGGCCCCAACACCAUCGAGAUCGAGAUCCGCCCAGUCUGGAAGCUGCUUUUCAAAGAGAUCCUGAAUCCUUUCUACGUGUUCCAAGCCUUCACCUUGACGCUGUGGCUCGUCCAGGGAUACAUCGAGUACUCCAUCGCCAUUAUCAUCCUGUCCAUCCUCUCCAUUGCCCUCACGGUGUACGACCUGCGACAGCAAUCCGUCAAGCUGCACAACCUGGUGCAGGAGCACAACCGGGUCCAAGUCACAGUCUGGACCAAGGACAAAGGUGGCUCCAAGUCGGAGUCGUGUCACUUAGUGCCAGGGGACGUCCUCCUCCUGGAGAGCCAGAAGCUGUCUCUGCCCUGCGACGCCAUCCUCCUGGAGGGGAGCUGUGUGGUCAAUGAGAGCAUGCUGACAGGCGAGAGUGUCCCGGUGGUGAAGACGGCCCUGGCCAGCGCCGACAGCUCCGUGCCCUGGCAGCAGCACGGCAUGGAGGAUUACCGGCGACACGUCCUCUUCUGCGGCACGGAGGUCAUCCAGACCAGGCGGGCGGGCAAAGGGCCGGCGAGAGCGGUGGUGCUGCAGACCGGAUUCAGCACCGCCAAGGGAGACCUGGUCAGGUCCAUCCUGUACCCGAAGCCGAUGAACUUCCGGCUGUACCGGGAGGCCUUCUGGUUCAUCGUGUGCCUGGCCGUGAUCGGCGUCCUGGGGCUCGUGUACGCCGUGUGCGUGUACAGCAGCCACAAGCAACCGGCGAGCAGCACCGUGGCCAUGGCCCUUCUGCUGCUGACCGUGGCCGUCCCGCCGGCCAUCCCCGCCGCUCUGACCACGGGCAUCGUCUGCGCCCAGAGGCGCCUCACGAGGAAGCGCAUCUUCUGCGUCAGCCCGCAGCGGAUCAACGUGUGCGGCCAGAUCAACCUGGUGUGCUUCGACAAGACCGGCACCCUGACAGAGGACGGCCUGGAUCUCUGGGGGGUCACCCCUUGCCAAAAAGGGAGCUUCGGGGGCGUUCUCCGCUUCCCCGGCAGCCCGCUGCCCUGGGGGCCGCUCUGCAGAGCCAUGGCGACCUGCCACUCCCUCUUCCUCUUGGACGGGAAGAUUCAGGGCGAUCCCCUGGACCUGAAGAUGUUCGAGGGCACCAAGUGGGAGCUCGAGGAGUCCGGUCCAGCGGAGGAUGCAGCCGGCCUGCUGGAGAGCCACAUCGUCGUCAAGCCCGGGCCAGACGCUUCCCAGGCCCCCGUGGAAGGAAUCGCGAUCCUGCGCCAGUUCCCCUUUUCCUCCUCUCUGCUGCGCAUGUCCGUCGUCACACAGGACCUGGGGAAGGACGUCUUCGACCUCUACAUGAAAGGAGCCCCAGAGGUGGUGGCCAACCUGUGUGAACCAGCGACAGUGCCAGCCAACUUCCAAACGGAGCUUGAAUACUUCACGUCGCAAGGCUUCCGAGUCCUUGCCCUGGCACACAAGGAGCUCGCCGUGAGCGGAGGUGUCGGCCUGGGUGACGUGGACAGGGAGAGCCUGGAGGCCGGCCUGACCUUCCUGGGCCUCUUGGUCAUGGAGAAUCGGCUGAAGAGCGAGACCGUGCCCGUCCUGGAGGAGCUCAGCGAUGCCCGCAUCCGGAGCGUGAUGGUCACAGGUGACAAUCUUCAGACGGCCAUCGCGGUUGCCAGGAACUCCGGCAUGAUCUGCAGCGGCAGCCGAAUCAUCCAGGUGGAGGCCUGUGAGCCGGAGAAGCCCAGCCCCGCCUCCAUUACCUGGCAGCUGGUGGAGGAGCUGCAUCCGGGCACGGCGGGGAGCCAGCCUUCCUGCUUUCUGCAGAGCCGCAUCCCCGUGGAGCUGGAGCCCGCGAGCGCCUUCCAUUUCGCCCUGAGCGGGAGAUCCUAUCAGGUCCUCGUGAAGCACUUCCGCGACCUUCUGCCAAAGGUCCUCAUGAACGGAACGGUGUUUGCGAGGAUGGCUCCGGCACAGAAGUCCAGCCUCGUGGAGGAAUUUCAGAAACUGGACUACUACGUCGGGAUGUGUGGCGACGGGGCCAACGACUGCGGGGCUCUGAAGGCGGCCCACGCGGGGAUCUCCCUGUCCGAGCAGGAGGCCUCGGUGGCCUCCCCCUUCACCUCCCAGACCCCCAACAUCCAGUGCGUUCCGGAACUGAUCAGGGAAGGGCGCGCCUCCCUCGUGGCUUCCUUCGCGGUGUUCAAGUACCUGACCCUGUAUGGCAUGGUCCAGUUCAUUGGCACGGCUCUCCUCUACUGGCAAAUGCAGAUCUUUGGGAAUUUCCAGUACCUCCUGCAGGACGUCUGCAUCACCCUGGUGGUGUGUCUGACCAUGAGCCUGACCGCCGCCUACCCCCGCCUGGCCCCCUACCGGCCCCCCGGGAGGCUCCUCUCGCCCCCGCUGCUGCUCUCCGUCACCCUCAACGUCGGCUUCGCCCUCGUCGUCCAGGUCUUCGCCUUCCUGUACGUGAAGCAGCAGCCCUGGUACGCGAAGCUGCGCUCCCACAGGUGA